GUGGGUGGGUGUGAAUGCUUAGAGUAUAGAUUAAAAAAAAACCAGUCAACAUCCCACACAGAAUUAUAGGACAAGUUAGAUAUGUUUCCUACCAGCACAGAUAAAUCGGAAACACUGAUGUAAAAUGAAGCGUACAUGUAGCAAGACUCGUCCCCCAACAACAAUAGAAUAUUGAUCUAAUUGGACGGAUAAAUUACUGAGAAAUAUGACGAACAUCGCGAGGCUUCUACUGUAUUAUUUAAGAAUUCAUGUCAGCUUUAAUACAGGACGCGUACCGUCCAACUGAACGACCAUUCAACUGUUCAGUACAUACCGAUCGAGAUUUUAAACCCCUUCACCACAAUAUUCUCGUGUGUGCCAACAGCUGCUAACCGAUAUGGCAACUUCGGGAUAAAUUCAUUGGAAUCUAAUCUUUAAGUCAAGGAAAUAUUUAUUUUCGGACGAGGGCACUGAGAGAAAAAUUAAUCAAUAAAAUGAUUACAAAGAACGCACCAGCAAGCUUUGCGAAACGGAAGCAAGUCCUCAAAGCAGGAGUCGAUGACGUCACAACUGGUCACGUGUUCUCGUUGAUGAGUUACAAUGUUUUAGCAGACUGCCACACCUCUCCGUCGACGUACCCCUACAGAGACAGUGCCCAUCUAGAUAUUAAAUUCCGUCAUCAAAACUUAGUAGAGGAGCUGCGGUACUCGGAAUGUGACGUCAUAUGCCUACAGGAAGUGGGUCCUGUGUAUUUCAGAGAUACAUUGGAACCUGAAUUGCAGAAAUUAGGAUAUGAAGGAGAAUUCAUAAAGAGAACUUUUGAGAAAAAUGACGAAGGAUGUGCCACGUUUUUCAAAUCUUGUAAAUUUACCUUGCAAGACAGAGUUGUUUAUAAAUUUGGAGAUAUUGCAGAAAAGGUAUUUGUGAAUGAAAGAGAAAAUUCACCAAGUAUUUACUCACGGUACACUGACCGAUGUGAUGUUGCCUUGGUAACCCUCCUGAGACACACGAGCACCGGAAGCUGUUUAAUCAUUGCCAACACGCACCUUGUCUGGGAAAGUGCUCAGAUCUCAGACGUGCGUUGUAUUCAGGCGGUAUGCAGUUUGGUGGCUCUGGGAGAAUUCAGACAAAAGCACCCCGAAAAUGCGGGAAUUGUUCUGUGUGGAGACUUUAACAGCGUACCAACAGACCCAGCGUAUGAGCUCCUCGUCAGCGGGGGUCUGGGGAAGGAGAACAUGAAAGUCAUAGAGAGUGGAAAUCAUAUCACGAGGAAUACAAUGGAGAAGAUUUUACAACAUUUACCAGAAAGCAAGUCGAUUUUAAGGAGUGCUUACAAGACUGUAACGGGAGCAGAACCAAAAAUAACCAAUUUGGACGGUGAAUUCUGCUUAUGCCUGGAUUAUGUGUUCUUUGAGCCUCGGUCUGAGAUAUCAGGUGGGCGUAGCUUAGAAGUUCUGGCAGUGUUGGACUUCUUGUCAGAAGAAGAAAUGAGACAAAACUUGCCGCCAAGUGAAGUGUUCCCAUCUGAUCAUUUGCCGCUUAUAGCAACAUUUUCUCUAAAAUAAAUGCUAUACCUAAUCCCCUUCUUUUACAUGGAAACUGUUCAUCCCAUGCGAGUAAAACUUGCAGUACUUCAUCAUCUGAAUUCGUGGAAUGACCAGUCACGAAAAAAAUAACAACAACCAAAAAUUGGUAUUCAACAAAAAAAUAACAAAAGUAGCACAGACUACAUGGAAGAAUUGAGAUGAAGUUUGUUUUCAGAGAAAUUCAGCAAUAUUAAACUUCAAUCUCACUGAU